CGUUUCAGUUUCAGUUGCCACGUUGGAGCUAGCCGCCUUCCUUUUUUUGUUCCCCCAACAGUGCUGAAGCUAUGUUUCUUCGCCGGCUAAACGUCGACCUCCCAACGCAAAACCCAGCAAUUCUUAUUGAAAUCGCACACGUGAUCGACUCAGAAACCAAUGCCAACAUUUUCCUUCGCUGCCGCUCUCUUUGUUUCUCUCUUCUUGCGGUUGAAAUUGUUGUUUGGGGAACGUGGUGAACGUAUCUUUUUAUCUUUUUCUUGUGAAGCUUCGACCGGUUGCGUUAGUUCAAUUUUUUCCACCAUUGCUUAGUUCGAUGACGAGCAUAAGGCCUUUGUCCGACGAUGUUCGUAGUUCUUUGCGUUCUGGCAUUUUCUUGUUCGAUUUGACGAGGGUUGUGGAAGAACUCGUUUUCAAUAGCCUGGAUGCUGGCGCAACGAAGGUCUCAGUCUUUGUUAGUGUCCGGAGCUGUUAUAUAAAAGUAGCGGAUGAUGGAGUUGGUAUUACUCGAGAUGGAUUGACGUUGGUUGGAGAAAGAUAUGCAACAUCAAAGUUACUUAGUUUGGCUGACCUGAAUGCCACAAGUGGACACUUUGGCUUUCGGGGGGAAGCUUUAGCUUCAAUUUCAGAAGUUUCUCUGUUAGAAAUUCUGACAAGAACUUUUGGAAGGGCAAAUGGAUACCGCAAACUAUUGAAGGGCUGCAAGUGUCUAUAUUUGGGCAUAGAUGAUGAUAGAAAAGAAGUGGGAACAACAGUUGUUGCUCGUGAUUUAUUUCACAACCAACCAGUUCGGAGGAAAUAUAUGCAAUCCAGCCCAAAGAAGGUUCUGCAAUCAGUCAAGAAAUGUAUGUUGCGGCUUGCACUUGUGCGUCCAAACGUUUUGUUCAAAGUUGUUGAUAUUGAAAGUGAGGAUGAACUUCUUUGCACACAUUCUUCUUCUUCUCCACUGUCACUUUUAACCAGUGGCUUUGGGGUGGAGGUCUCAAGCUCUCUUCAUGAAUUACAAGAUCAGGAUGAUGUCAUAAAGCUUUCAGGAUACAUAUCUGGCCCCUGCAAUAAUUUUACUCUGAAGGCCUUGCAGUAUAUCUAUAUCAAUUCACAAUUCAUUAGCAAAGGCCCAAUUCAUAAGCUUCUGAGUCAACUGGCUGUUAGGUUUGAGCAUCAGGACUCACAGAAUGCAGGUGACAAGUUCCAGAACAAGAAGAGAAGUAGAUCUCAAGCAUAUCCAGCUUAUAUCUUGAAUUUGCUUUGCCCACGGUCUCUGUAUGAUUUAACCUUUGAGCCGUCAAAGACUUCCGUUCAAUUUAGGGAUUGGACUUCUGUACUGAACUUCAUUGAGAAGGCCAUAAAAAAUUUCUGGGGGAAGAACAUAACCCAUGGAGGGUAUUCUAAUGCCACUCAUGUGGUUCAAGCAGGUCAACCGUCCAAUGAAAUUGACAAUGUUAUUUUGGCUGAAGCAGAUAUAGUGAACCGUGGAAACCAAAAGAGGAAGGAAUUCUUUGACAUUUUCUUUUCCACUUCAGCUAGGUUAGCUGAAGAUCACCAUUGCCUAUCUGAUGGGCAAGUCAUUAGUAGAUCCUCCCUUGGUUAUUUGCCUGGGGAUGCUGCAAAGUUCAAAGAGAAACAAAAUAAGAGAGGCUUUCUAUGUCAGACUGGUUACUCUAACUUUUCAAUGGAUGGAUCAUUUAUCAAGUGUGGCUUUACUGUGACUAAAAAUAAUUGCAGUAUGUGGAAUGAUAACUACUGUCUAUCUGGAAGAGAUGAUUUCUUGGAUGGUGAGUUUGCUGCUGGAGAAAUCUUCACAGGUAAUGUAUCUUUUGAUGCACCACGCUCAACAAAGGGAAACAAAUUUCUUGAAGUUGAUGAUGAUAUGCUCAAUGAAUCAUCCCAAGGUGCCUUGCAUUAUGGCUGUAAUGAGCUCUGUAAUGAUGUAGAGAUUGACAGGGAUUUUCAAAAGCCUUUUCUGAAGAGUUGCUCUGCUCGAGGUAGUAUUCUGCAUGAGAAGGCCUUGUUUGCAAAUGAUGAACAUGAGUUUCAAAUUGAUGGCUUUAGCUCCAAGCAAGAUUUGGGAAUGUGUGGUGGCAGAGUUGAGAACUUAGGUGCCCAUCCCUAUCCAGAAGUUGUAGAAAUAUUUAGCACAUCCAGAGAUUCUGUUUUUCUCUCAAGAGCAUCUACUGAAGAAACAUGUUUUCCUUCAGAUUCAUGCUCUUUGGCAACACAAAUGGGGUGUCGUAGGUUUGUUGAAGAAACAUGUUUUCCUUCAAAUUCAAGCCAUCUAGAGUUAUCGACAUUAGAUCAUUACCCCAUCUUCAAGACACCAUUACUUGAAACCACUUCAUGGGGUGAUGAUCUUAUGACAGGCACUGAUCUUGAUGUUCUUGGAGGAAUACCUAGAUGCUACAAAUGGGGUGGUUAUAAAAAAAAUUCAGAUGCUAAUGAAAAAAGAUGCAAUUGUAGCUGUGAUAUCUUAUAUAGAUUCAACUCAGAUCAGUGCAUGAGAAGUUUUGGAAGCAAUAGAUCUCAUUUUGACGGUGCCUAUAACUGUAAUAAUUUGAAUUUUACCAAAUGGCCAGAUCCUAGGUUAGUCAAAUGGCCUAAUUGUUAUGAUAUAGAUUCCAACAAAUUGUCAGAUAUUUUAACAGAUGAGUCAGAUUGGUUGUGUCCAGUGCCAUGUGGUGAAAGCUACCAAAGACUUAGCAAGAACAGAAUGAAAAAGGAUUGUGUUAGACAUUUAGCUUCAGAAAAGAAUCAUGAAAGAUCUAGAAGAAGCUUUUCAGCCCCUCCAUUUCACAAAAGCAAAAGAAGGUUUAAUUCUUUAAAUCAACAUUUAGCAAUGAUGGCCAAAAGACUUGCAAGCCAAACCUCCAGCUUUGCUUUGAAGAAAAGAGAAGCUGAUGAAGAGUGUCCCCCGGAAUCUUUUGGUCCAUCUCACCCAAGCCCUGAGGAAUAUCUGUUGCUUGAAAAUAAUUCCAUUGUGAAGCAGAAAACAUCUACUCUGGGAUAUACACAGCAGGUUAAUAGCAAUAAAGAGUUUGACUGGUUUCAAAGUUUCAAUAGUCAAAGCAAUGCUCCAUUUAAAGAAUUGACCUCAAGGAAAGUGGAAGAUUCUAUGGAUUACAGGACAAAAUGGAGGAACUACUCGCCUGAAAUUCCAACAAGGGAUAAAGCACUUGAUUUUCAUAGUCAAGAUGAUAUACUUGACAUAUCUUCUGGAUUCUUGCAUCUUGCUGGUGAUUCAUUAGUACCUGAAACUAUCAGUAAGAACUGCCUUCAGAAUGCCAGAGUUCUUCAUCAGGUGGAUAAGAAAUUCAUUCCAGUUGUGGCCGGGAGAACCCUUGCUGUUAUUGAUCAGCAUGCUGCAGAUGAGAGAAUCAGAUUGGAAGAAUUACGUCAAAAGGUAUUAUCAGGAGAAGCAAAGACAAUAAAUUAUCUAGAUGCUGAACAGGAACUGGUGCUGCCUGAGAUUGGCUAUCAACUGUUGCACAGUUAUUCUGAACAGAUUAAAGAUUGGGGAUGGAUCUGUAACGUUCAUGCUCAAGAUUCAAAAUCCUUCAAGCAGAAUUUGGAUAUUCUCAACAAGCAGCCAGCUGUUGUUGCACUUAUUGCGGUACCCUGCAUUUUAGGUGUCAACUUAAAUGAUAUUGAUCUUAUGGAAUUUCUUCAGCAGCUUGCUGACACGGAUGGGUCAUCAACAGUGCCACCGUCUGUUGUACGAGUUCUUAAUUUGAAAGCAUGCAGAGGUGCAAUUAUGUUUGGGGACUCAUUGCUGCCAUCCGAAUGUUCGCUCAUUGUUGAAGAGCUAAAGCAGACGUCACUCUGUUUCCAAUGUGCUCACGGGAGACCAACUACUGUUCCUCUUGUCAACCUGGAGGCGCUGCAUACUCAGAUAGCCAAGCUUGGACCAAUGAUCGGUUGCUCAAAUGAUGAGUGGCAUGGACUACGAAGACACAAAAUUAGCGUUGAACGUGCUGCACAACGCUCAUGUUCCUCUGGAGAAUAGUGUCUUGGCAAAUUGAACGGUAAGUUCGGAGAGCAGAGUUUGACCGGGAAGUUAUACUUCGUGUUGCAAUUGAGUGUACAGAACAGAUAAAAACACCCUCGCAAAGGAUUCCUUUUUCUCUGAAUAUGAUUGUGGUCAAUGAAGACCUGCAUUCAUAGUGAUGAUUAGUUGAUUACACGAUAUCGGUUGUGCAAAGGAAGUCUUGAGGUGCAAAGAAGAAUUAAACAUAAUUAAAGUUGCGGUUUUUAAUUCCAAA